UAUUAUUCAAUAAAUUAAGUUUAUAUAGAUUUAUUUGAAUUUGGAAUAGAAUAUAUGAUCAAAAAAUGUGGUAAUUAUAUAAAUAAAAAAUGUGUUCGGAAAUUACGGUAAUUAUUAUAUGAUCAAUUCAGUCAAAUUAUCACGCCAGAUAACAGUGAAACGUUACAACGUUUGGUGUCGUUACUGUAUAACAAGCUAAAAUCCAGAAAUAAUAUGCGACAAUCGUAAAAUCAUAUAUUAAUACGAAAAUGUUGAAUUCGAGAGUUGUAGCGGUAUUGAAUAAUAAGUUGAAACGUCAAUUUUUAAUCAUCAGACCGCUUUCUACUGCUAAAGUCAAUCAUGAAUCGCCGCCCGAACAAAAAAAGGAUACCUGCAGAAGCGAGCCUCUGCAACAGCAGCGGCAGCAGCAGCGCGGCAAGGUGGGUGCCUGGGUGGCGGUUGCCCUAACCGCAGGUGCUGUCUCCUACUACUUCUUUAGCUACCGACGUACCAAGGAACGGCUAUGCGCGGCUGCUGCACAGAUGAGAGCUGAUCUUCCGAGUUUUUCACUGAAAGAUGUGGUCGAGGGACGCUAUUACGUUUACGGCGUGGGUGUUUAUGAUUUGAAUGAUUACGCGAGGAAUGAGCAUCCAGGAGGGGAACAAGGAAUUACAGACAUGGUUGGGAAAAGUAUCGAAGAGAUUUGGGCUACCGACGGUAUGAAGUUCCAUAAGAAAAAGGAGAUCUUGGAGCUGUUGGAGGGAAUGAGGAUUGGUAACUUUGAGGGUACAGUAGAUAAACCUAAGAGGUGCACGACGCCGAAAGUAGUGCCGCAAGUCAACGGACAAGAAUACAGAUUAGAAUUGACAACCUACGGUGGAAAUAACUUGAAAGCUCUGUCAUUGGAAGAACUAAGACGUUAUCCAAAGCACUCGAUAGUCAGUUCGAUACCCUGUAAGAAUGAUUCGACAAAACCGGAGACUGGAUCGAUAUGGACUGGUGUACAAUUGCGAGAUAUUUUACGUGAAUCAAAAAUCAAUAUAGCUGAUUACGAUGAAAUACGGUUCGAGUGCCUCGACGUUUCCUCCACAACGGAAAAGCCGUACGGCUCGACAGUAUCAGUUGAUCGAGUUUUUAACGAACCCGAUUUUGAUGUCUUGCUUGCCUAUGAAAAAGACGGCUCUGAAAUUCCACCUAAACAUGGCUACCCAGUACGUGUAGUAAUGCCACAAGUAACUGGUGGGAAAAAUGUCAAAUGGCUACAGCGAGUCGUACUUGUUAGAAAGACCGACAAAGUUGUGCGAUAACAAACUGAAGAAUUGUGAUAAACAAAUCAUUUCUCUACAUUUAUUUUCUAACCGUUUUAUAAUAUUCUUAUGAACAUAAAACUUCUUACGCAACUCAAUUUCUCUCUUGAAAAGUACACUUAUUAU